AUGAGCGAUGGAGGGGCCGAGCCUGGCAGGAGCCCCGUGCUGCUGGCCGAGCCCGGAGCCGCCGGCCGGGCCCGGGAGAAGGCACCGACCCGGGCGGAGCUGGAGAACGCGCUGCGCGGCGGCGGCGGCUUCAAGGACAUCCCGGGAACGUCGGCGGUCAGCCCCGGCUCCUCCAAGGAGUGCGCCCCGGACACCGAGAGCCCGUCGGGACCCGGCGAGGCGGACUACUGCCGCCGCAUCCUGGUGCGAGAUGCCAAAGGGACGAUUCGGGAGAUCGUCCUCCCCAAGGGCCUGGACCUGGACCGGCCCAAGCGGACGCGGACGUCCUUCACGGCGGAGCAGCUCUACCGCCUGGAGCUGGAGUUCCAGCGCUGCCAGUACGUGGUGGGCCGCGAGCGGACCGAGCUAGCGCGGCAGCUCAACCUCUCCGAGACGCAGGUCAAGGUCUGGUUCCAGAACCGGCGCACCAAGCAGAAGAAGGACCAGAGCAGGGACUCUGAGAAACGCUCCACCUCCACCUCCGAGUCCUUCGCCACCUGCAACAUCCUCCGGCUGCUGGAGCAAGGCCGGCUCCUCUCCGUCCCGGCCCCCCCCAGCCUCCUGUCCCCCACCUCCCACCCCGUCGGGAGUCCUGCGGGCAGCGGGUCCGGCGUGGCCACCCCGGGAACCACCUCACCGGGGCUGGGCGGCCGCAGCAGCCCCCCCGGCACCGGAGCCUUCAGCCUGCAGGUCCCUGCCCUCGCCGCCUCCUCCUCCUCAUCCUCCUCCUCCUCUUCCUCGGCCAGGCUGCCCGCGGCCCCGCUGUGCUUCGGGGCGCCGCUGCUGGGCAGCCUGCACGACCUCCCGAGCGCUUACGGACUGGGCAGUUCCGCUUUUGAGCCUUACACGCGGCUGGAAAGGAAAGACAAUUCUAUACCCAGCAAGAAGCCGAGCCCUUAA